UUCUGAAAACGAGCGAUGGCCAAGUUCCUCGGCAACACGCUGAUCCGCGUCGGCAAGAAGAUUGUGGGCAUUGGCAAGAACUACGAGGCCCACGCCCGCGAAAUGGGCGCGACGCAUGCGCCCAAGGAGCCCGUGAUCUUCCUCAAACCGACGACGUGCUACGCCCGCGCUGGCGAGUCGAUCCAGCUACCGGCGCACAUUGGGUCGGUGCACCACGAAGUCGAACUCGGUGUCGUGAUUGGCAAGGGUGGCAAGGACAUUCGCGAAGAGGACUGGGAAAAGCACGUCGCGGGCUACGUCGUUGCGAUCGACAUGACGGCGCGCGACCUGCAGAGCAAGGCCAAAGCGGGCGGUCUGCCGUGGACGCCGGCCAAGUGCUUCGACACCUUCUUGCCGAUCAGCGAUUUUGUCCCGACGUCGUCGAUUCCAUCGCCCCACGAUGUGGAGAUCUGGCUCAAGGUCGACGGCGUCGAGCGCCAGCGCGUCAAUACGGGCGAAAUGGUGCACAAGAUUCCGUUCCUUCUGUCCCACAUCAGCCGCAUCAUGACGCUCGAAGAAGGCGACAUGAUCAUCACGGGCACACCGGAAGGCGUCGGCCCCGUCGAGCCGGGCAACGUCGUGACGGCCGGCAUCGAGGGCAUCGUCGAGAUGACCUUCCCGGUAGCCACGCGCGAGUACGCGCCGUAGACACCAGCCCGCGUGGGACCGCCGUACUGCAACUACUACGCAGGAGUAGCUCACGGCCGCAUCCCAAGGUUGGAUCGGAUCGAAAUUUCAAUGUCAACCGGCGACCGCUGGAAUAUCCGCGUUCCGGGAGCCGUCGCUGCAUGUUCCCACAAUAGUGUGCAG